CUCUCUUGAAAGUCUGUAGCCUGGAUAAUACCACGCAAUAGAGCUCCGCGUGCCUAUAAGAUUCCCGCCUCCGCCACAUGGCUCGAGACCUGAGAAAGCCAUCGCUAUCCAUCUACUCCGUCUGCCUCCACUAGCCUUGACACUCCUCUGUCACGUCGAAUCCAGAGCUCACUAGCUUCUCAAGCCACCUGUCGUCAUCCCGCUAUCUACACUUUCCCAUCCCACCACCACACCCUCACACAAGCAUGCCCAGUACGGAAACCGCAAGCCCACCGACUUCGAAGCUCCACAUGAACAGCAAAGCGAGUGCUGCCGAGCGCGAGCCGGCCACGAACGGAACCACAGCGACAGCAAGCCGCGAGGCAGAGUUGGAUUUCACGCUGCACCCCAACUGGAGUGCUGAGAAGGAGAAGAUCCUACUCGGCCCAUACGACUACCUCAUUUCCUACCCCGGCAAAGAUAUCCGCAAGCAGCUCAUAGCCGCGUUCAACGUCUGGCUACAGGUUCCCGAAGAUGUGCUGGAGGUGAUAGGAAACGUUGUGGGAAUGCUGCACACCGCAUCACUGCUCGUGGACGACGUAGAAGACAACUCGAUCCUCCGCCGCGGCGUGCCUGUAGCCCACAGCAUCUUCGGGGUCGCCCAGACCAUCAACACCGCGAACUACGUGUACUUCCAGGCGCUUGCGGAGCUGGCAAAACUCAAGAACCCGGAAUGUUUGACCAUCUACACUGAGGAGCUCCUGAACCUCCAUCGCGGCCAGGGUAUGGAGUUGUUCUGGCGCGACAACCUCCGCUGCCCGACGACACAGGACUAUCUCGAGAUGGUCAGCAACAAAACCGGCGGUCUCUUCCGUCUCGCCAUAAAGUUGAUGCAAGCCUGUUCGCCCACCUCCUCCGACUACGUCUCGCUCGUCGACUGCAUCGGCCUAAUCUUCCAGAUCCGUGACGACUACAUCAACCUGAAGUCGUCACAGUACCACAACAACAAGGGAUUCUGCGAAGAUCUCACGGAGGGGAAAUUCUCAUUCCCCAUCAUCCACGCGAUCCACAAGGAUCCGAGCAAUAUGCAGCUCCUGAAUAUUUUGAAGCAGAGGACCGAGAGCGAGGACAUUAAGAAAUAUGCGGUUGCGUAUAUGGAUGAGAAGACAGGCAGCUUUGAGUACACGAGAGACGUCCUGCAGGCUUUGCAUGUUAGGGCGACCGAGCUGCUGGACGGACAUGGUGGGAAUCAUUAUUUGGAUCGCAUUCUGGAGAAGUUGGUUGUGAAGAAGGGGGAGUGAUUGGAGGUCUACCCAUACUAUAGCUACGGGGUCGCUUAUUCGUGGGAUGAUGGAAUUGGAUUGUACAUAUUCGGAGAGCUUGAGGAGUGAUGAUGAUACUACCUAUACUAUACAUGUACCUAUUUAUUUACGAGGAAACACAUGUAGAUUUCUGCCAUGAAUACAAUGUGUGCUUUCCGGGAUCUUCUGCUUCACAAGGCUGCAG